CGGCGGCGGCGGCGGCGGCGGUGGCGGCACCACCAUGGGCCGGGCCCGGCGCUUCCAGUGGCCGCUGCUGCUGCUGUGGGCGGCCGCGGCGGGGCCAGGGACAGGGCAGGAAGUGCAGACCGAGAACGUGACCGUGGCCGAGGGGGGUGUGGCCGAGAUCACCUGCCGCCUGCACCAGUAUGACGGGUCCAUCGUGGUCAUCCAGAACCCUGUCCGGCAGACACUGUUCUUCAACGGCACCCGGGCCCUGAAGGACGAGCGCUUCCAGCUGGAGGAGUUCUCCCCGAGAAGGGUGCGGAUCCGGCUGUCAGAUGCCCGCCUGGAGGACGAGGGGGGCUACUUCUGCCAGCUGUACACGGAGGACACCCACCACCAGAUCGCCACGCUCACCGUGCUAGUGGCGCCCGAGAACCCAGUGGUGGAGGUGCGCGAGCAGGCGGUGGAGGGCGGCGAGGUGGAGCUCAGCUGCCUGGUGCCACGUUCGCGCCCCGCAGCCGUUCUGCGUUGGUACCGCGAUCGCAAGGAGCUCAAAGGAGUGAGCAGCGGCCAGGAGAACGGCAAGGUGUGGAGUGUGGCAAGCACGGUACGCUUUCGCGUGGACCGCAAGGACGACGGCGGCAUCGUCAUCUGCGAGGCGCAGAACCAGGCGCUGCCCGCGGGCCACAGCAAGCAGACGCAGUACGUGCUGGACGUGCAGUACUCCCCCACAGCCCGGAUCCAUGCCUCCCAGGCCGUGGUGAGGGAGGGAGACACGCUGGUGCUGACCUGCGCGGUCACAGGGAACCCCAGGCCCAACCAGAUCCGCUGGAACCGCGGCAAUGAGUCGUUGCCGGAGAGGGCGGAGGCGGUGGGCGAGACGCUCACCUUGCCGGGCCUCGUGUCGGCGGACAACGGCACCUACACCUGCGAGGCGUCCAACAAGCACGGUCACGCGAGGGCGCUCUACGUGCUCGUGGUCUACGACCCCGGUGCGGUGGUCGAGGCUCAGACGUCGGUUCCGUAUGCCAUCGUGGGGGGCAUCCUCGCCCUCCUUGUGUUCCUUAUCAUAUGUGUGCUAGUGGGCAUGGUCUGGUGCUCUGUACGACAGAAAGGCUCCUAUCUGACCCAUGAGGCCAGUGGCUUGGACGAGCAGGGAGAAGCCAGAGAAGCUUUCCUCAAUGGCAGCGACGGACACAAGAGGAAAGAAGAAUUCUUCAUCUGACCCCACCC